AUGUCUCCUUUUCCAGGCGCAUCUGCAACUGUAUCAUUUACAUCAAUACCUACCGAAAAAGAUCCUUAUCACUAUCAGCCAGGCUUUGGGAACAGGUUUGCAUCGGAAGCACUCCCUGGUACAUUGCCUGUAGCUUGCAAUACCCCUCAGCGAUGCAAGUAUGAUUUGGUCUCUGAGCAGAUCAAUGGUACUCCCUUUGUUUCUCCACGAGCAUCGCUGCUGAAUGCCUGGUUUUAUCGCAUCCGGCCAUCUGUCGCUCACUACAAGUUGAAGCGGCUUCCCAAAAAUCCAGAUCUCGAGGCGAAUUUCGCAAUUGGCAAUGAGAGAGUUGAGUUUACCCCUCAGGAUAUGGGAUGGGAUGCUUUUAGUCUCCCAGCUCCAUCGGAGUCGGUCGACUUUAUCCAAGGUUUAAAGACCAUUGGCGGGCAUGGAGAUCCUGCGUCUAAAGAAGGAUUGGCAGUUCAUAUGUAUAUGGCCAAUAAAUCUAUGUCUAAGAAAGCAUUUUGCAACAAUGACGGUGAUAUGUUGAUUAUCCCGCAGGAGGGAAGACUUGAUAUCCAGACCGAGUUCGGCCGAAUGAUGGUGCGCUCAGGCGAGUUGGCUGUCAUCCAAGCUGGUAUGCGAUUCACAGUCACACUACCAGAUGGUCCUUCACGUGGGUACAUUCAAGAGAUCUUCGGAAGCCACUACGAACUUCCCGAGCUAGGUCCUGUCGGAUCCAACGGCAUGGCCAUGCCCCGGGACUUCGAGACCCCUAUGGCAAGUUUCGACAUCGACCAAUCGAAAUGGGAGAUCAUUGUCAAGCUGACAGGAGAGCUUUUCACAUACGAACAAAACCACACCCCAUUCGACGUCGUCGCAUGGCACGGAAACUAUGCCCCGUAUAAAUACGCCCUGGAGAAAUUCAUCAACUCUGCCACCAUCGACCGCGACCAGAGCGACCCCUCUAUCUAUUGUGUGCUCACAGCAAAAUCGAAGUGGCCAGGAGUGGCUUUGUCCGACUUCCUAGUCUUCACUCCAAAGUGGAGCGUCACUAGCAACACCUUCCGUCCUCCAUAUUACCACCGUAAUGUAGCUACAGAACUUAUGGGUAUGCCAUACGGAGCAUGGUCGGGGUCUGCAACUUCCCUGCAACCUGGCGGCCUUACGUACGAGCCCAGCUAUAUGCCGCACGGAGAAUCUUUUGAACGGUGGAAGGAAGCUACGAGUAUGGAUCUUCAGCCCCAGCGCGUGAAUGAGGGUGCUAUGGCAUUUAUGAUGCAUAUCUCAUCGCAUGUAUCCUUGACAAAAUAUGCUCUUGAGCGCACUGGAAAACUCCAGCAUCAGCCAGAUGACUUUUGGGAUGAUUUCAAAGGUGGUUUCAUGGAUCGUCUGGAUGAAGUCAAUGCAGACUUGCAAGCGGCUGGUCAUGCAGGCUUAGGAUUGUAA